CAAAUAAUUACUGAUUUACUGAGUACAUUUGUCGAAAACAAAAGAAAGAUGAACGACGUAUCUGGAAAAUUACAAAUUCUGGGUUUGUUCAGGAUUUUAUUACUAAAUAAAUAAAUACUCUUACAACAUAAAUAACUCUUCCUCACUCCCAAAUUAAUCACAAAUUCAAGCUCCAAAACCCUAAUUUCAAUGGACGAAGACAGCAUUUUGGAGAGAGAAAGGUACCAAAUUGAGCAAAUUCGAGAGCUCGAUGAUGAAGAAUUGCAGAUUGAAGAAGUCGAAGGUUUACCCGAGGACUCCGAUGAUGAUCAUGCUAUUCUUUCAGAAGGCCCUGUUCUUCCUUAUAUUGUUCCCUUCCUUCUCUUUCUUUUCCCUUGGGGCAGAUGUGGUGUGCUGGCCUUGCUGCGUGAGAAGGAGUUGAAGAAUUAUCAAUCGGUUGCACUUACAAAGAGUGAUAGUUGGCUGGGUGAAUUUACAUUUGACACCUGUCUGGCGUCAUUGCAUACCUAUUUGGGCGAGGUGGAAGACACUCAUCACAGGACAGCUUUUGUUGAUACUGGCGCCAUUUUGACUCUCCCUCUUUUUUAUCUUGAAGGUGUAGUACUGUUCCCAGAGGCAACUCUUCCUUUAAGAAUCAUACAGCCGAAUUUUAUAGUAGCUGUAGAAAGAGCAAUGGGUCAGAUUGACUCCCCUUAUACCAUAGGUGUGGUUCGUGUUUAUAGAGACCUUGAUUUUGGAAGGUUAAGGUUUUCAGCUGUUGGGACUACUGCAGAGAUUCGACAAUAUCGUCGUUUGGAGGAUGGAUCUGUCAAUGUAGUUACUCAUGGAAAGCAGCGAUUCCAUGUUAGACGCCAUUGGAUCGAUACCGAUGGAGCUCCUUGUGGAGAGAUUGAGGUCAUUGAAGAAGACUUGCCUUUGAGGACCCCACGUGACGCAAUUGGAACCUUACCGCCAUUAAGUAACCUUAGUAGCCGGAGCUUUUCUGAUGCUACAAAAUCUCAUCAUCAGGCUAAGAGACAUAGAGAUGCAGUUGAAAGCAAUUGUUCUGAUGCAGAGUCGGAGGAAAGUUUUCUGAAUGAGCUUUCAAUUUCAGAGAUGAGAUUGCAUCAAAGUGCUGUUGAGUCCUGUUGCGCAUAUGAUACGAUUGAUGAGUCAACAAGCAGUGAUGAUGAGAAAUAUGUUUGUGAAUCAGAGCUUCGCUCUGGACAAUCUAAAUCAAGUGAUGGUUCAUCACAAUCAAAGUGUCGAAGGAGAAUAGAUGCUGCCUCAGGAGUUGCAAACAAAGAUAAAAUUAACCAAUCGCCUCAGAAAGGAGAUGCAUGGGGGAAGAGAGGUAUGUCUGCCAAUUUGAAUCAGUUCCGUGCAGUUCCCAGAGCAUUCCUGCCAUACUGGGUAUACCAGAUGUAUGACUCUUUCACUCUUGCUCAAAAGGCAGCAGAUAUGUGGAAGCAGGUUGUUGGAGCGCCGAGUAUGGAUGGGUUUGUUAGAAAGCCUGAUAUCUUGUCAUUUUAUAUUGCCAGUAAAAUUCCUAUAUCCGAGUCUACAAGACAGGAGCUCCUAGAAAUUAAUGGAGUCUCCUAUAGGUUACGUCGAGAAAUCGAACUACUUGAAGGUUUUGAUCGUGUGAGGUGUAAAAACUGUCAGACUGUAAUUGCCAGGCGAAGUGAUAUGCUGGUGAUGUCUAACGAAGGCCCUCUUGGUGCAUAUGUUAAUCCAAAUGGCUUUGUGCAUGAGAUAAUGACUCUUUACAAAGCCAAUGGUUUGGCACUGAUUGGCCGACCAAGAGAAGAAUACAGCUGGUUUCCAGGAUAUAAAUGGACCAUUGCCAACUGUGCUACCUGUGAGAGUCACAUGGGUUGGCUCUUUACUGCCGCAAACAAGAAGUUGAAGCCAAAAACUUUCUGGGGAGUUCGGAGUUCUCAGGUUGCAGAUGACAUGCGAUAAGAGUGUAAUUGCUUCUUGAAUAUGUUAUAUGUACUUGCAUUUGUAUUUGCUCCCAUGUCAUAGUCUUCUUUGGGAGAUUAGGUGUCUAUUCGGAACAAGUGAGACUAAGCUAUUGAUAGAUUUUCCUGUGAAGGACAGCCAUCUAGAAGUACAUAUGAGAUUGUAUAGACUAUAGUCUAUUAGUCUAUAGAGUAGUUCUUUCAUGUAGCUUUGUUUUCUGUGUAUGUUGCUAGUAAGAACUCAAACGUUGUAUCAUGAGUGCAAGUUGGUUCUAUAUAUGUUGAAUGAACUACAGCGAAGAAACCUUGAAGAAGGGUGUGAUGACUUUUGAAGAAGCUGUUUUUUUUUUUUUUUUUUUUUUUUUUUUUUUUUUUUUUUUGGCCUGUAUGGAUGGUCAUAAAGAUGAGUAAUCCCAGGUCAUUAUAUAGCUUUCGUAUAACCAGAAAUAUUUUACUGGGGAAUCGAAUAAAAUUCAAUACAAUGAUUCUUUUUGCAGAUUAAGCGUACCUUUUUUUUUUUUUUUUGGAAAGAAAGUUUAAGUGUAUCCUCUAUUUUAUAGCUGCAGUCUUUCUAUAAGUUUGUCAUCACUUUAUUUCAAUCAUUUGUAGCUUUAAAUAUUUAUAAUUAAGACUUUUUUUUUGUGUGUGAAUAAUAGGAUGUGACUAUUUAAGUAAUUGGCAAUGCUUCCUCAACAAAAAAACAUAAAAUUAAUUGGCAAUGUGGCAACUCAAGUACUCAACUUCGAUCAUACUACCACAGUACAAUUGUUUAACAUGUUGCUGCAACGUGCUAGACAAAUCAAGGGCAGCAAUAGGCCUAACAGCGGCAAACAGGCUUCGUUGCUGGUAGCAUGGUGCGACCCACGGGCGGCUUGAGGGAUUUGAGUUCCUCGUUCCUUUUGUAUUCAUAUCA